AUGGCUAGAGCUUCCCGUUCUGCGAGCGCAAAGCCCGCCGAGAAGAAAGAUGCCAAAGAGGUCAAAGUAAACGGCGCCGUCCCACGAAGAGGCGCAAAGAAGACCGAAGACGCGCCUGUUGCCAAUGGCAUAGCCGAGGAGGUUGAAGACGCUGAAGACGUCGAAAUGGCUGAUGAAGACGCCGAGGAAGUCAAGGCAGCACCACAGAAGCCUACUGGACGCAGUCGCGCAAAGAAGACCGAAACUCCCGCGCCUGAACCCAAAGCCGCGCCUAAGAAGACGACAAAGCGCAAGAAGGACGAAGAAAGCGAACCCGAUGUCGAAGACGCGCCUGCGCCCGCUGUGAAGAAGCCAAAGGUCGAGCGCGCGAAGGCUGCACCCAAGGCUGCACCAAAAGCCGCGUCAAAGGCUGCAACACCAGAGCCAGAGGCCGGGAAGAUCGAUCCGGCUCUGGUUCCAAAUCCCAAGGGCCCGCGCCGCGCCAAGGGCAAGAAGACAGAGAUCAACUCGAUCCGCUACACUGAACCGUUGAAGGUGUUCGUCUUUGGCGAAGGUUCCUCUGGUGAGCUCGGCCUUGGGGCUACAAGCAAGGCCAUCGACGUGAAGCGACCGCGUUACAACGAGACUCUGUCCAACAUGAAUGUCGUCAAGAUUGCUACUGGUGGCAUGCACGUUGUUGCACUAACCAAAGACAACCAAAUCCUGACAUGGGGUGUUAACGACAACGACGCCCUCGGGCGCGACACAUCGAACGCCAACGUCAAGAUGCGCGAUCUCGAUGCGGACGACUCCGAUUCUGAUUCUGAAGACGAGACUGGUGGCUUGAACGAUGCCGAGGCUACACCUGCGCCUGUGCCGGCCGAGUUUUUCCCUGAAGACACCACCUUCGUCGAUGUCGCUGCCGGUGAUAGCUGCUCUUUUGCCCUUACUACCGAGGGCGCUGUUUACGGAUGGGGCACCUUCCGAAAGAACGAAGGCAUCAUGGGAUUCGCAACCGACAACAAGACGGCACCUCGGCCUGUCUAUAUUGACGGCGUAAAGAAGGUCACUCAGAUCGUGUGCGGUACCAACCACGUCUACGCACUUGACAAGGACCACCAUGUAUGGGCUUGGGGCAAUGGCCAGCAAAACCAGCUUGGUCGCCGCGUUACCGAACGCAACCUCGUCCAAGCUUUGCAGCCGAGCAAGGUUGGUUUCCACGAUACCUCUAUCAAAAAGCACAGCCAACGCAUCACGCACAUCGCAUCCGGUGACUAUCACGGUCUUGCAAUCGCAGAUGACGGGCAUGUCUGGGGUUGGGGUGCGAACAACUACUGCGAAACUGGUUACACCGAGAAUGCUGGUGCAGACGAUGCCAGCGUCCUACAGCCCAAAAUUGUACACAGCUUGGAGGGCAAAGGCGUUCAUACGCUUGACGCAGGCUCGCAUCACAACCUAGCCAUUACCAAGGAUGGACAAGUGCUCGUCUGGGGUCGCUGCGAUGGUUCACAGACCGGUCUCCCUCCUUCCCAACUUGACGCAGAGACGGAUGAGAGCAAGGUAUUGAAGAACAACGGCAAGGCGAAAAUUGUUGUACAGCCGACACCCCUUCCUGACCUCAAGAACAUUGUCACCGGCGCAUGCGGCCCUGAACACUCUAUCGUCAUUGACGAGGCCGGCAAGGCCUACUCAUGGGGUUUCUCAGUGAACUUCCAGACGGGUCAGGGCACUGAUGACGAGAUCGAGGUCCCGACUAUGAUCGACAAUACUGCUGUGCGAGAGACAAAGCUUGUAUGGGCUGGUUGCGGUGGUCAGUACAGUAUCUUGGCAAGCAAGAAGGAGUAG